CAGGCAGAGGGAGAAGCAGGCCACAGGAGCCCGAUGUGGGACUCGAUCCCAGGACUCUGGGAUCACGCCCUGAGUCAAAGGCAGAUGGUCAACUGCUGAGCCACCCAGGUGCCCUUAAUGCAGGAUUUAAGUAAUUUCUCUGCACCCAAACUGGGAUUCGAAUUCACAACCCUAAAAUCAAGAGUCACACACUCCACCAACUGAGCCAGCUAGACACCCCCAAUUAAGUAAUAUUUGAUGUAACUAUACUUAACAUCCAGCUCCUUUAUUAGACAAUAAGCUUCAAGAUGGCAUGGGUCUUCUCUGCUCAUUUAAAUCCUGUAUUUUGGUGUCUAGUACUUCACAGGCAGCCCAACAAGAAUGAAUUACUUAAUUGGAGUCUUAGGCAGUGUCAGCCAUUAAUUAACACAAUUACUUUAUCAGCCUGUCAUCUUACUGAUGCAUCAGGUUGAUUAUAAUGUUAUCAAUUUACACCUUAAAUUGCGCAGUGGAGUUGGCUUAGGGUUGAAGAUAAAACCCAGUUUCCCUGGCAAAGAUAACUGAUUACAUAGUUUAUUGUGGACUAGGCCUUUUCUCUGACCCAGCUGUGUGACCUUGGCCAGAUCACUGUACCAGUCAGGUCACCUCUACAAGCCCUCCCUUAUCAUUCUGCCAGGACAUGCCAGGCCCAGUGGAUCUGAGUCCUUGUUCUAUUACCCUGUCAUGGUUGAAUCACGCCUAGAUCACUCUAAGAAGUCAUUUGCAGAGUGAGGACACCUAGGUGGCACGAUCAUGUCUUAUGUAAGGAGAUACUGGGGAAGCUUCCUACAUGACCCUUCUGCUUCUAUUUACGAUUUACAAGGGUAGAGAGAGUUUGAUCCUGCCAUUCCUCUGCUCGGAAGUCUGCAGUAUAGCCUAUCUCACCCAGAACCAAAGCCAGUGCUUACUUACGGGGGGUCCACCAAGCCCUGAAUGAUCUGCUCUCCUCUGUCUCUGCCAUCCACACACCAACCUUCUCAUUGUUCUUCCCACACUCUGGGCAACCUGCCAACCCACCAUCCCCCGUCUGGAAUGCUCCUGCACACAGGGCCUGGCCUUGCCCCUCACCUCCUUCAGGUUUUUGCUCAAAAUGCCAUCUUCCCAGGGAGGCCUGCUUGGGUCUCUCUCUGCAACGUUGCAAACUUCAUGCCUCUUCUUGGCUGCAUUCUGCUCCAUAGAUCUUAUUAUUUUUUCCCCCUAAAAUAGUAUGGAUGUAGGAAGGAAUAUUGUUUGUAAACAUGUAUGGUAUAAAAACCAGGGACACUGUAUGUAGGUUCUACUGCGAGUUAUAUUCUCUUCCCCGAACCAGUGGUUCCUGGUCUAAAAGGCCAAAGCUUGGGGUUUUAUGGUGAGUACCUUCUAGGAUCAUGUGCCUUCAGGAAAUCCAACAUUAAUACUCAGUGCCUGAACAACCUUGCAUGGAUAUUUUCAGCGCCAGGCACUCUGGGUUGGAAAUAUUAAUAGCUGUCACUUCUGCGCGUGCAGAGUGACUCAUUCAGUCAUUCAGCAAACAUCUAUUGGACGCCUUCGAUGUGCCAGUUCCUACUGACCCAGCUGCCGAAGCCAAGCCGAGCGAGCUGUCACAGGCGUCUCCUCUGCACACCCGCUCCUUGCACACCCGGGGUCCGGGCCUCGGGUGGGGGUGGCGGCGCCCCCUGCACACCGGCUCGCUGCACACGCAGGGUCCACGCCUCGGGUGGGGGUGGUGGCGGCGCCCCCUGCACGCGCGGGGCCCGGGCCCGGGGUGGGGGUAGCGGUUCGGGGCGCAGGGAAGCUCUCCGGUCCCGCCAGCAGGGGGGGCGCUGCCGCCCGCCCGCCGCGGCGGCCCGGCUCCUAGGCUCGCUCCCGAGCGCGCCCCCGCCCUCCGCGUCACGUGACGCUGCCGCGGAACCCGAGCCGCCGGGCCUAAGCCGAGCUAAAUUCGUUGCGGGUGGCCGCCGCGGGUGGAACCACAAAGGCUAAUCCGAAGGAUCGGGGGUGCUCGCGGCGUCGAUGCUUCCUCGUGCAAGUCAGGUCGGCUCCUGCUGCCUCCUCCCCACUCGCCGCUGCCGACUCCCCGGGCGUUUGCAUGAGCUCUUUGGCGUGGGCAAGCCCCGGUGACCAUGUAGGGGGACGAGCGAGGCCGCUCCAGUGCCCGGGACGAGGUCAGCGCUGUGGGCACGCCCCCGCGGCGCCCCGUGCACCCCCCGUGCCGGCCCGCGGGCCGCUCGGCCCUGCUGGGCAGCCGGGCCUCCGCCUGGGGCCUGGCCCCGAGCGCCACGAAAUCUCGCGCCGUCUCGCGAGAGGCGAAGUUGAAAACAUGGCGACGUCGAAUCUGUUAAAGAAUAAAGGUUCACUUCAAUUUGAAGACAAAUGGGAUUUCAUGCGCCCGAUUGUUUUGAAGCUUUUACGCCAGGAAUCUGUUACAAAACAGCAGUGGUUUGAUCUGUUUUCGGAUGUGCAUGCAGUCUGUCUCUGGGAUGAUAAAGGUCCAGCAAAAAUUCAUCAGGCUUUAAAAGAAGAUAUUCUUGAGUUUAUCAAGCAAGCACAGGCACGAGUACUGAGCCAUCAAGAUGAUACAGCUUUGCUAAAAGCAUACAUUGUUGAAUGGCGAAAAUUCUUUACACAGUGUGAUAUUUUACCAAAGCCAUUUUGUCAAUUGGAGAUUACUUUAAUGGGUAAACAGGGCAGCAAUAAAAAAUCAACUGUGGAAGACAGCAUUGUUCGAAAACUCAUGCUUGAUACAUGGAAUGAGUCAAUCUUUUCAAAUAUAAAAAACAGACUCCAGGAUAGUGCAAUGAAGCUGGUACAUGCUGAAAGAUUAGGAGAAGCAUUUGAUUCUCAACUGGUCAUUGGAGUAAGAGAAUCCUAUGUUAACCUUUGUUCUAAUCCUGAGGAUAAGCUUCAAAUUUAUAGGGACAAUUUUGAGAAGGCAUACUUGGAUUCAACAGAGAGAUUUUAUAGAACACAGGCACCCUCGUAUUUACAACAAAAUGGUGUACAGAAUUAUAUGAAAUAUGCAGAUGCUAAAUUAAAAGAAGAAGAAAAAAGAGCACUACGUUAUUUAGAAACAAGACGGGAAUGUAACUCUGUGGAAGCACUCAUGGAAUGCUGUGUAAAUGCCCUGGUGACAUCCUUUAAAGAGACUAUCUUAGCAGAGUGCCAAGGCAUGAUCAAGCGAAAUGAAACUGAAAAAUUACAUUUAAUGUUUUCAUUGAUGGACAAAGUUCCCAAUGGGAUAGAGCCAAUGUUGAAAGACUUGGAGGAACAUAUCAUUAGUGCUGGCCUGGCAGAUAUGGUAGCAGCUGCUGAAACUAUUACUACUGACUCUGAGAAAUAUGUUGAGCAGUUACUUACAUUAUUUAAUAGAUUUAGUAAACUCGUCAAGGAAGCUUUUCAAGAUGAUCCGCGAUUUCUUACUGCAAGAGAUAAGGCCUAUAAAGCAGUUGUUAAUGAUGCUACCAUAUUUAAACUUGAAUUACCUUUGAAGCAGAAAGGGGUGGGGUUAAAAACUCAGCCUGAAUCAAAAUGCCCUGAGCUGCUUGCCAACUACUGUGAUAUGUUGCUAAGAAAAACCCCAUUAAGCAAAAAACUAACAUCUGAAGAGAUUGAAGCAAAGCUUAAAGAAGUGCUGUUGGUACUUAAAUACGUACAAAAUAAGGAUGUUUUUAUGAGAUACCACAAAGCUCAUUUGACACGACGUCUUAUAUUAGACAUCUCUGCUGAUAGUGAAAUCGAAGAGAAUAUGGUAGAGUGGCUAAGAGAAGUUGGUAUGCCAGCAGAUUAUGUAAACAAGCUUGCUAGAAUGUUUCAGGACAUAAAAGUAUCUGAAGAUUUGAACCAAGCUUUUAAGGAAAUGCACAAAAAUAAUAAAUUGGCUUUACCAGCUGAUUCAGUUAAUAUAAAAAUUCUGAAUGCUGGUGCCUGGUCAAGGAGCUCUGAGAAAGUCUUUGUCUCACUUCCUACUGAACUGGAGGAUUUGAUACCUGAAGUAGAAGAAUUCUACAAAAAAAAUCAUAGUGGUAGAAAAUUACAUUGGCAUCAUCUCAUGUCAAAUGGAAUUAUAACAUUUAAGAAUGAAGUAGGUCAAUACGACUUGGAGGUAACAACGUUUCAGCUGGCUGUGUUGUUUGCAUGGAACCAAAGACCUAGAGAGAAAAUCAGCUUUGAAAAUCUAAAACUUGCAACUGAACUCCCUGAUGCUGAGCUUAGAAGGACUUUAUGGUCUUUAGUAGCUUUCCCAAAGCUCAAGCGGCAAGUUUUAUUGUAUGAACCUCAAGUCAACUCCCCCAAAGACUUUACGGAAGGCACCCUCUUCUCAGUGAACCAGGAGUUCAGUCUAAUAAAAAAUGCAAAAGUUCAGAAAAGGGGUAAAAUCAACUUGAUUGGACGCUUGCAGCUCACUACAGAAAGGAUGAGAGAAGAAGAGAAUGAAGGAAUAGUUCAACUAAGAAUACUUAGAACCCAGGAAGCUAUCAUACAAAUAAUGAAGAUGAGAAAGAAAAUUAGUAAUGCUCAGCUGCAGACUGAAUUAGUAGAAAUUUUGAAAAACAUGUUUUUGCCACAAAAGAAAAUGAUAAAAGAGCAAAUAGAGUGGCUAAUAGAGCACAAAUACAUCAGGAGAGACGAGUCUGACAUCAACACUUUCAUAUACAUGGCAUAAUCUUGAAUAUUAUGGACAACAUUAAGAACCCAGAUUUCAGAGUGCUUGGGCAGAAAGUUGUAACAGUUUGUGCUGGAGGAAAGUUUAUUUGGACUUUGAUUACAUAAAUAUUAAAAUCUCUGCCUUACCUGACAAAACAACUAUAUUUUGCCAGUCACAUUAGUUAGCAUGAUGGCAUUCCCUUCAUGUUGCACACUCUGUAACAGCAUGCUGUUUUGUGGAGAAACUUGCAUUCAUGAAGAGCCCAUGAUGAACUUGUAAAAGUAAAUUUGAUUUAUACCCACCAGAAGAAAUAGUCGGGAAGGGUGAGGGCGGGGUUCUUGUUGCUUUCCUCUUUUCCUCUUUUUUUUCUCUCUUACAAAAAUGUACUUGCACAAGGAAGGAUCUUCAGAUAUUCGUGCACUGAAUAAUGCUGUUAUGUUUUGUUUUUUUAAAAAUGCAAUUAAAACUAGAAAUAGCACUCUUGGUUUCUUUUGAUCAAAAGAGGGAGCUGGUCUAUACAAUAUUGGGGGGGUGGCGCAGAUGUAGGUGAGAAGAUAAGUAUUUUAACAGUAUCACACUAUUCACACCCUCUCCAGUAUAGUGACAGGAUUUAAUGGUGACCUGAAAAUGAUACUGAAUUUUUCCAACUUAGAAACAUUGGCUUUCUUUAAGCAGGAGACUGCUAGUUUAGAUGUUUGUUGUUAAAUAAGGAGAUUUAAAAUCUUACAUGGCUGGAGAGCUUGUUUUGAAAAACUGAAGCUUAUAUUAAUUUGUUGCUUCAAUUGUUUAAAAAAAUGUAUGGAGAUAGGUCAUUUCAACUGCACAGUCAAAAAUGGCAAAACAAAGUGUGUUCACUUACACACUUAACGUUUGUACACCUAAUACUAUGCCAAAUUUAUUGAAAACAAGGCAGAAAUCUUCUCUUAUAUAAUAUAGUUACGUAACUGACCUCUUGAUCUUGAGCUUAGAGAUAUUUUGGAAUUUUAACGUUUCAUGAUUAGGGAUUUAUAGCCUCAGGUUUCUGGAAAGGAAGACAUUCUGUUGUAAAAAGUAGUGAUUGUCCAUUACCGAGGGAAGAGAAAAACCGCAACAUAAGACCCGAAAAGCAUAAGCAAAAUUGUUUCAGUCUUAAUAUGAGCAGUAAACUUGCCAAAUAUAUGUACAUAUAUAUUUAUAUAUUUUAAAAAAUAAACAUUUUUAAAAUGUU